AUGAUUCGUCGAAAUCCAACGCGUAUAGAAAUUCGUCAAGAAGACGUUGAACAUCUUCAAACGCUUCGUCAAGAAUAUAAGAAAAAACUUUCCCAAAAACCUGUUUCCAGUGGCAAGGGUAAAAGAAAAAGUAUGGAAGUUGAGGAAGAUAUUGAACAGAAUGUAUUUCAAACUGAACAACCUAGAGUAGAAAAACAAGAAACUAUAGUGG